AUGGACAUUUUCCUUUUGCAUCUGAGGCUCUGCAGUCCAGACACCUUGCGGGAUUCCUGAUACUUCAGCUCAGGACAUUUUGAACGAACCCCCUUUGCUUGAGGCUCGCAACCACCCGAUGAUCGAUGAUCCUCUCAGGGGAAAAGAAGCCUUGGCGAAGAGCAGAGGUUUAGAGGCACAAUUCUGCUUUCCCUGGAACUGUGUCAUUCAGGACUCUGCAAAUUCCCUAAAGUUGGAGGAAAAAUGACCAUGUCCAAGGAGGCAGUGACCUUCAAGGAUGUGGCAGUGAUCUUCACUGAGGAGGAGCUGGGGCUGCUGGACCUUGCCCAGAGGAAGCUGUAUCGAGAUGUGAUGCUGGAGAACUUCAGGAACCUGCUGUCAGUGGGGCAUCAACCAUUCCACCAAGAUACUUUCCACUUUCUAAGGGAGGAAAAGUUUUGGAUGAUGGAUAUAGCAACCCAAAGAGAAGGGAAUUCAGGAGGCAAGAUCCAACCUGAGAUGAAGACUUUUCCAGAAGCAGGACCACAUGAAGGGUGGUCCUGCCAGCAGAUCUGGGAAGAAAUUGCAAGUGAUUUAACCAGGCCUCAAGACUCUACCAUAAAGAGCUCUCAGUUCUUUGAACAGGGUGAUGCCCACUCCCAGGUUGAGGAAGGACUAUCUAUAAUGCACACGGGACAGAAACCUUCCGAUUGUGGGAAGUGUAAACAAUCCUUCAGUGAUAUGUCCAUCUUUGAUCUUCCUCAGCAAAUACGCUCAGCAGAGAAGUCUCAUUCCUGUGAUGAGUGUGGAAAAAGCUUCUGUUACAUCUCAGCACUUCAUAUUCAUCAGAGAGUCCACCUGGGAGAGAAACUCUUUAAGUGUGACGUGUGUGGUAAGGAAUUCAGUCAGAGUUUACAUCUGCAAACUCAUCAGAGAGUCCAUACUGGAGAGAAACCUUUCAAAUGUGAACAAUGUGGGAGAGGCUUCAGAUGUAGAUCAGCACUUACAGUUCAUUGCAAAUUACACAUGGGAGAGAAACAUUAUAAUUGUGAGGCAUGUGGGAGGGCCUUCGUUCAUGAUUUCCAGCUUCAGAAACAUCAGAGAAUUCACACAGGGGAGAAGCCAUUCAAAUGUGAGAUAUGUAGUGUGAGCUUCCGUCUUAGGUCAAGUCUUAAUAGGCAUUGUGUGGUCCACACAGGAAAGAAACCAAACAGCACUGGGGAAUAUGGAAAAGGCUUCGUUGGUAGGCUGGAUUUGUGUAAGCAUCAGACGAUCCACACAGGAGAGAAACCAUAUAAUUGUAAAGAAUGUGGGAAGAGCUUCAGACGGUCCUCCUAUCUUUUGAUCCAUCAGCGAGUCCACACUGGAGAAAAGCCAUACAAAUGUGACAAGUGUGGGAAGAGCUACAUUACUAAGUCAGGUCUUGACUUGCACCAUAGAGCCCACACAGGAGAGAGACCUUAUAACUGUGAUGACUGUGGGAAGAGCUUUAGACAGGCCUCAAGUAUUUUGAAUCAUAAGAGACUCCACUGCCGAAAAAAACCAUUCAAAUGUGAGGAUUGUGGAAAGAAGCUUGUAUACCGGUCAUACCGUAAAGACCAACAAAAAAACCACAGUGGAGAAAAUCCAUCCAAAUGUGAAGACUGUGGGAAGCGCUAUAAGAGGCGCUUGAAUCUUGAUAUAAUUUUAUCAUUAUUUUUAAAUGACACAUUUCUCAGUGAACAUCAGAAACCCCAUCUCUACAAGAAAUACAAUAAUUAGCCAGUUGUGUUGGUGUAUGUCUGUAGUCCCAGCUGGAGACUACUGGAGAGGCUGAAGUGGGAGGAUCGCUUCAACCCAGGAGGCAGAUAUAUAGACAAAUGGAAUAGAAGUGAGAGUCCGUAAAGAAACCCAUACAUCUAAGGCCACUUGAUUUUCAAGAAGGAUCCAAGAUUACUUUAUGGAGACAGAAUAGUCUCUUCGACCAAUACUGCUGGGACACCUACACACAGACACACAACAUAAUGAAGUUAGAUUGUAUCUCACCCUACACUUAAAAGUUAAUUCAAAAUUCAUCAAUGACCUAAGGUAACAGCUAAACUAUAAAAGUAUUAGAAGAAAACAUAGAAGUAAAUCUUCCUGACUUUAUUUGGAAUGGAUUCUUCAAUGAAACAACAUAAGCAAAAGCAAAUAUAAAUACCUAAAUGGGACCUAAGUUUUAAAAAAUGCUGUGCAUACAUGGACAUUGUCAAGAACAUGAAAAGACCAUACAGCAUGAGUUCUACUAUCCAGAUUAUAUAAAGAAUUCUUACAACUCAAUAACAGAAACCACUCAAUUAAAAAAAUGGGCAAAGGGCUGGGUGCAGUGUCAUGCCUGUAAUCCCAGCACUUUGGGAGGCUGAGGUGGGCAGUUUACUUGAGGCCAGGAGUUCAAGACCAGCCUGGCCAACAUGGUGAAAGUCUGUCUUUACUAAAAAUACAACUAGCUGGAUGUGGUGGCCUCCUGGGCUCAAACCAUCCUUCCACCUCAGCCUCUUGAGCAGCUGAGACUACAGGCGUGCACCACAGCCUCUGGUUAAGUUUUGCAUUUUUUUAUAGAGAUGAGGUUCCUCCAUGUUGCCCAGGCUGGUCUCGAACUACUGCACUCAAGUAAUCUGCCCACCUCAGCCUCCCAAAGUGCUGGGAUUACAGGCAUGAGCCACUGCACUCAGCCUAAAAAAAAAAAAUCCUAAUUUUUAUGGGUACACAUAUGGAGUAUAUAUGUUGAUACAGGCAUACAAUGCAUAAUAAUCAUAUCAGGGUAAAUGGGGUAUCUGUUACCACAAGCAUUUAUCAGAUUUUUGUGUGUGUUAGAAACAAUCCAUACUCGUUUAGUUAUUUCAAAUGUACAAUAAAUUAUUAUUGACUGUAACUCUGUUGUGCUAUCAAAUACCAGAUCUUAUUCAUUCUAUCUAAGCAUAUUUUUGUACCCACUAACCAUCCCCACUUCCCUCACCACCAACCCUACCUUUCCCUCCCUCUGGUAACCAACAUUCUGCUCUCUGUCUCCAUGUAUUCAAUUGUUUUAAUUUUUAGCUCCUACAAAUAAGUGAGAAGAUGUGAAGUUUGUCUUUCUGUGCCUGACUUAUUUCACUGAAUGUAAUGUCCUCCAAUUCCAUCCAUAUUGUUGCAAAUAACAAAAUCUCAUUCUUUUUGUGGCUGAAUAGUACUCCAUUGUGUAUAUGUCCAUUUCCUGUGUCCAUUCAUCUGUUGAUGCAUACUUAGGUUGCUUCCAAAUUUUGGUUAUUGUGAAUAGUGCUGCAAUAAACAUUGUAGGGGAGGGUGCAGAUAUCACUUUGAUAUAGUUUUAAUUUUUUGAGGAACCUCCAUACUGUUCUCUGCAGUGGUUCUACUAAUUUACAUUCCCACCAACAAUGUGCGAGGAUUCCCUCCUUCACUCCUUCCACAUCCUCACCAACAUUUGAUAUUGCCUGUCUUUUGAAUAAAAGCUAUUUUAGCUGGAGUGGGAUAUCUCAUGGUAGUUUUGAUUUGUAUUUAUCUGAUGAUCUAUGAUGUAGAGCACCUUUUCAUAUACCUGUUUGCCAUUUAUAUGCCCUCUUUUGAGAAAUGUCUAUUCAGAUAUUUUGCUCAUU